UGUGAAGUGGUGAGUAAGGCUGCGUGAUGCUUCGUGCAGGUGACUGUCUGUCAGCAUCAGCAGCAGAGCUCGUGAAGGAAUCACCGAUCAAACAGCAUCUCUCUCUCCACUGCAGUAGUAUAUACACACAAACCGGCUGCUUUUAUCCUGGAUAAAAAGUUGAAAUCGCCGGUGUAUGAAGCGCAUUUGCAGACACUAAAGGAAAACAGGGAUUAUAUCGCGUCUUUUGUAAUGGGCUGUGUGUGAGGUCUCCAGAAUCAACAGUGAGCAGAAUGCAUAGAAACACGGCAAGGGAGGCCUUCCUCCUGCUCUUCCUCAUCCUCAGUCUGAUGUGGCCCGUACAGUCAGUGAUCUCAAACUGCGUCAUCAAGCGCGAGGAGGAGAGAUGCAUGGAGCGAAUCGCGCUGCAUGACCCCGAAGAGGACGCUGUGUUUGGCUGUCCAUGGGAAUGGGAUAACUUGACCUGCUGGGAGGGGGCCAGGGUUGGUGAUGUUGUGGAAGUCAACUGUCCCGAACUUUUUGAGUUCAUGAGCCCAGACGAGGGUUUCGGUAAGAUCAGCAGAAAUUGCACAGACGCUGGCUGGGCUGAGCCUUUUCCUCACUAUGUUGAUGCAUGUAUGACCGGCGAAAACGCAACCAAACCUGACAUGUACUAUGCGUCAGUGAAGGCUCUCUAUACGGUGGGUUACAGCACAUCUCUGGUGUCUCUGACCACAGCUAUGGUCAUUCUCUGCAGGUUCAGAAAGCUGCACUGCACCAGGAACUUCAUCCACAUGAACUUGUUUGUGUCUUUCAUCCUGAGAGCGAUCUCUGUGUUCAUUAAAGACGGCGUUCUGUACGCAGAAGAGGACAGCGACCACUGCUUUGUCCAUACCGUGGGCUGUAAGACAGUGAUGGUCUUUUUUCAUUACUGUGUCAUGUCAAACUACUUCUGGCUCUUCAUCGAGGGUCUCUACCUCUUCACACUGUUAGUGGAAACCUUCUUUCCUGAGAGACGCUACUUCUACUUUUACACCAUCAUUGGUUGGGGAACCCCCACUAUCUGUGUGACCAUAUGGGCAGUUCUGCGUCUACAUUUCGAUGAUUCUGGCUGCUGGGACAUGAAUGAUAACACUGCCCUCUGGUGGGUGAUAAAGGGACCUGUGGUGGCAUCAAUCAUGAUUAACUUUGUGCUCUUCAUUGGAAUAAUCAUAAUCCUGGUGCAGAAGCUACAAUCUCCAGACAUCGGCGGAAACGAGUCCAGCAUUUACCUCAGCUGUGCACAGAAAUGCUUCAGUGAGCCGAUACAGGCUGCCCAGCAUUCGUGCAGGAUGUCAGAACUUUCUGCCAUCACACUACGUCUGGCGCGAUCCACGCUGCUUCUCAUCCCUCUGUUUGGUAUCCACUACACUGUGUUUGCCUUCUCUCCUGAGGAUUUCAGCAAGCGAGAGAGACUUGUCUUUGAACUGGGCCUGGGAUCCUUUCAGGGCUUUGUGGUGGCCGUGCUGUACUGCUUUCUGAAUGGAGAGUUUCUCCCUAAAGGUGCAGUCGGAGAUAAAGAGGAAAUGGAGGAGCUGGACGGUGAACAGGUACUUUGCUGUGGACCUGAAACAGCAGCGUCACCCUUCGCUAGCGAGCAGUGGGGUCAACGGGGGGACGCAGCUGUCCAUACUGAGCAAGAGCAGCUCGCAGAUCCGCAUGUCCAGCCCGCUGGCCGAGACGGUCAACCUCAACCUGCCCACCUGAGCGCCUGAUUGGCCCAUUCCUCCGCUCGUCCAUGCUUAAAGCCCCCUGCCCUUUCACCAAUCACGAUUCUAAAUUAAACCUCCGGAUAGUAUUUAUAAACCCAUAUCAUUGAAAAGAAAAGGGUCGGAUGUGUCAUCCAUCACCCAAUGCUCUUCUGAUUUAUCCGGGGAUAUAUUUAUAGUGCCAAAACUAUUUUAAACUCACGCAGAGAACAGUUACAAUUCAUGGGGAAGUGGUAUGAGCGCCAAGUAAAAUUUCGAAGGCUUUCUAAUUAAUCUGUUCACAAAACGAAUAUAAAAGCUUAAACGAAUGUUAAGAUACUUUAUUUAAUUUAAAAGUAAUGCAGUACCUCAUAAACGUCAAACGUGAGGACGCAGUGAAUCUUUCGCGAUGCAUUAUGAGCCAUGAAUAAUGUGAACUGUCGUUGCUAUAAUAUCGACACAAUGCAUAAACACAAUCCUCUUUAAAUCCAUUUACGGCUGAUAGAUACUGUAAUAGCACAUUGCUUUACUACACGAGAAUGUCGAGCGAGUAAAAUCGUACGACGUCAGACGGGUUACAUUUCAGUGUUAUGUCAAUAGAAACGUAAUAACAUGAAGUGCCAAAACAGUUUUAUCUGCAAACUACUGUGUUUAAGAAAAAUUCAUUAUAUAUAUAUGAGAAAAUGUACAGAUUUAGUGUUAGUCAUACGGAUGUAUUCGAUGAAAUGAUGUUCGCUAUAGAGAGGUUGUAAAACAGUAUUUUUUAUAACCAGCCGCAAGUACGGAGUAUGUCAACAUUACGAUGAUACGUAAAAUUAUCAAUUUUUCUCCAGUUUGCUUUUUUGCUUAAUGACAGGCCAGUGUAUUGUGUUUCUCUCCUCAUUCAAAUAUAAAAAAUACAGCACUAAUGUAAACAAAUUGACAAACUAACUAGCUAAAAAUAACAGCAUUUUUUAAAUUUUGAUAAUAUGUGUGCAAAGAUGCCCACAAUCCCCUGUGAUUUAUUCAAAGUGCCUGUUGGUCACAAAAAUAGCUUUGAUGGAUUACCAGUAUUAUAAACAACCUGUGCCAUACAGUAUUAUUCGUAGUUUAGAUCAAAUUCAAUGUGUCAGGUAGUUUUUCAUUUUAAAAUGUACCAAUCGAUACGAUCUUUAAUUUAUACACAGUAAGUCUUAGAGUGUUUCUAGUAUAAAUAGAUGCUUUGAGAUGCACAAAUAAAUGCCAUUACGUUAUUAUCAGGUACAUUAUAAAGGCAUUUAGGGCUGAUACAUUAUGUUUAACUGUGAGAGGAAAGAGUAAGUGUUUAAGGAACAGUUCCCACCCAAAGUAAAAAUUCUGUCAUCAUUCACUCAAAAAAAAAAAAAAAAAAUCCUGGGUUUGGUCAAAAAGGGAAACCCAGCCAUUGGGUUAAAUUAACCCCUCAAAACCAAAAAACUUUAUAUUUGACCCAACAAUGGGUUAAAACAAAUCAGCACACUGUAAACUGGGACAAGUUAAAUUUACUUAAAAAAUUAGAGGAAAGUUGUUGCCCUGAAAAAAUUAAGUAAUGUGAACUAAAAGAAGAGUACUUGUAACUUAAUUUCAACUUAAUUUAGCAAGUUCAGAAAACUUAAUUUUAAGUUAAUUUAACUUGAAAUUUCAAAUGCUCUGUCCAACAUCUCCACUUACGUAACCGACUUUUAGUUUUAUGCUGGAUUCACACCAAACGCAGUGAAGGCGGAAAAAAAUGCGCUAUUCGCACGUAGUGGGACACUUGAACAUUCGUGCGUGAAAGCAGCGGUUGAAAUUCGAGACAUUCACGAGGAAAUUUGCGUCAUGGGAGGGGUUUUUGCGACUCUGCUCGCUCCCUGUGAUCACGUCACUACUAGAGCAAGUUCCUGAUUGGUUAAGGGGGCGCAAAUAUCCGUCAAAGCUCAGAUUUUUCUACUGGCGCGAGCCAAAUGUCAAUUCACGCGGAACAUGCCAUCCACUUUGUGCCUUCCGCGCCAUUUGCAUUAAUCGCGCCGCAGGAUGUCUAUUCGCGUCUUUGCAUUGACUUAAAAUCUAAAUCACUCGCGCUUGCCUCCUCUUUUGCAUCUUGUGUGAAUGCCUCAUUAUAAAUGGCAUUAUAACACAAAAUUCAUGACUGAAUAAACACCGGAACGGUGACUUCACAAAAUGAUCACUUACGACAAAACAACAUUUAAUAAUAUAAGAGCUUAAACCUCUAUGAAAUGUUAUCAACAAAUAUUUAAGAAGUUAGGGUAUUCCUAAUAAUUUAAAGGGGUCAUAUUAUGAGAUUUUUUAAGAUGUAAAAUAAAUCUUUGGUGUCCCCAGUGUGCAUACGUGAAGUUUUAGCUUCAAAUACCUCACAGGUAAUUUAUUAUAACAUGUUAAAAUUGCCACUGUGUAGGUUUGUGCAAAAAUGUGUUGUUUUGUGUGUCCGUUAAAAUGCAAAUGAGUUGAUCUCUGCACUAAAUGGCAGUGCCGUGGUUGGAUAGUGCAUAUUAAAGGGGCGGUAUUAUCCUCUUCUGACAUCACAAGGGGAGCAUGCUUGCAGAGAAUGGUUUACCAAAACAAAGUUACUCAGUUGAUCUUAUUUACAUUUUCUAGGUUUAUAGAAGCACUGGGGACCCAAUUAUAGCACUUAAACAUGGAAAAAGUCAGAUUUUCGUGAUAUGACCCCUUUAAGUUCAUUUGUUUUAGUUUAAUGUAUUUUACAUGCUUAAAAGUUAAACGAACUAAGAUUUUUUUAAAUAUAUGUGCAAAUAAGACAAUAUCUGAGUCAACAGUGCAUAGGUUAAGGUAAAACCCAACAUUUUGGUUGUACAGUGUUCGCUCACUGUGUGUGUGUGUGUGUGUGUGACUCCCUUCAUGCGAAAGAUGUGUACUAUAGAUGCUCUUUGCUUUUUUUCUAAAAGAGAGGUUAUCAGUGCCUGUCAAGCUCAUAAAAACAUAAUUAAGUUUGAAGUAAAUGAUGACAGAAUCUUUAUAUAUGUGACCCUGUGUGCGAAAUCCAGGCUUUAAUAAUGAGUUAAGGAGCAUCAAAGUUGAAUUUCCCUUUGAUUUCAGUCUUUGACAUGACUCAGCCAAUAUUGAAGAUAUCAAGAUUAUAUUUUUACAAAGUGUUCUUUGCAUGACGUGUGGGAUGAUUUAGUAAAUAAAAACAAACUAGGUUUUCACAGGCAGGGUCACAUCCGAGUGAACUUUAAUGCUAGGAGAGGGAGAGUGUAACCCCAACCCUUUACACGUACAAUCUUUGAUGUCAAUCUAAUAAUCCAACCAAAUUUACAGCUUCACCACUGACUGACAAUCACUAUGAGUUGUAACAUCACUCUGCGCUUUUCCAUUUACUUGUUUGAACAAUGUGCAUCGAUGUACAAAGUGAACUUACAUGGCAGUGAAACUACAGUGUUCGUUCUCUGGCUUGAUGUUUUAGGGUGUAUUUUCUAUAUGUGCCACUAACUGAUGGAUGUACCAGCAUUCUCUCUCUCUUUACAUCAGCACUUUCAGUCUCAAUCUUUGAUGUAAAUCUUGUCAUUUUUCAGAUAUGAAUGCAAUACGUAUGUGCUUUUUGUUGCAUAGUUGUAUUUUAUAUGGAAACAGAGGUGAAAUGUAAAGUGAUGGUGAUUCUUUUUGAAAUGUCUGUUUAAUGUGGAGAUUGUAAAAUAUUUGCCGUUUUGCGAAAGUGAUGUCAUUUCUGAGGCACCAGCAGUACCAAACACAACUGCAAAAUGAUGGACCCACCUCCAGGGUCUUGUCAUUGGUUGAGCUGGGGAUGAUAGGUGUGGCCACUCAUGCAAACAGGUGCAAUGCAUGCUUGCAAAGUUAUCUUAACCUCACUACUGUAUAUGUGCAGAGUCAACUUUGCAUUUGUAUUUGUGGGAGCUAAUGGCACAGAAAUGACUCACUUGAACUAUACCACAAGUUUGAUUUUUUUCUUUUUAUUAUUAAAAUAUGAUCUUUUAUUCCGGUCAACCUGUAAAUAUUACUGUUCUUGAAUAAGCUUUCAGUGAUAGUGAACGUGUGACCUAUAAAGACAUAGAGCUUAAUGUUUGGAUAUAUAGUAACAGGAAAGCUGACAUUCCUAUCUGCAUGAAAAAGAGAAAUAUAUUUGCUGCUUUCCGUGUUCUUAACACCAGCUGUCAUUCUGAGUAUACGGGCGCUCAGGAGGGAACGACCAUGAGUCUCAAAGCUGUUACAAACCUGUCGUGUCAGCUGUGGAAAUGUGUUUGUAAUACGUUUGCCUGCCAGCAGACAGCACUGUGGGUUUUAUUGGUGCGCAGGACACGAGGAAAGGGAUCUUGGGCCAUCGGACGCCUUUGAUCUGUCUCUUCUGUAGGUCUGAAAUGUGCAUUGUAAGAUGUAGUCGUGUGACUAAUAUAAAUCUGAAUGUAACACCUGGCCAACAGCUGUACUGUACAUUCAACUCCGCUGCUUUGUAAAUCUGUCUGCUGUGCUUUCUGCUUAGAUGUAGAAAUGAUGUCUUUGUUUGACCUGUGGACAUUUUUUGUACAUGUUUGUUAAAAUCCAUUCUUGACAUACAACUCUUGAAUUCCUGGGA